CGGACACGUUACGACAUGCUGCGCCGCGACUCGGCGCGCGAGCGCGAGCUCGAGUACGGCCGCGCGCUCGACAAGCGAGACAAACCUGACAGGCGCGAUAAGGAGAUCAGGCCAAGAGCGCGCACGCCCGAUGGAGCUGUUCUGGCGAGGAGGCAGAUGGCGAUCGAGCGCGGUGCGGCGGCGGAGGUGGCGCCCACCCCGCACCCGCCCUCCCCGCGCGGCUCCAGCCCAGCGCCGGAUGAGGCCCGUCCUGAGCCACCCACGCGGCUGUUGACCCUCGCGCACGGCGAGCACCAUGACUCCACCAUCUACCGGUUUGAGAAGGGGACAACGAUCCGGUUAUGUCCGGGGCCCAGCCUACUCGGACGCAAGGUGUUCCUCUACACCAACUACAUCAUCACCGACAGCCAGGAUGAAAAGGCGGAAGUGUCCGAGUUCGUCCGCAACCAGUACUACGCGCUAGAGUGGCGACGCGAGCGCGAGGACGAGCAGGGUAUAGGGACGGAGGAGGCGCUCGGCACGGGAGCAUUCAUCACAGACACCGAUCUGUAUGCGGAGCUGAAGCUGACGCGGGCUGGGGCCUUCCACUACUACUUCGUUUAUGACAGCGCGGAGUCGUCGAUCGGUCCCCGGGGCUCGGGCUGGCUGCAGGUGGCGCCGCGGGUGCGCGUGGGUCCGCGGGGGCCGGGCGGGGCGGGAGGGGCGGGGGGCGAGGCGCUGGGCGUGGAGGCGCUGUCGUGCCAGACCGUGCUGGCCAAGUGUCUGGGGCCGCUGGCGCGCUGGGAGGACUCGCUGCGCGUCGCCAAGGAGAGCGGCUACAACAUGAUACACUUCACCCCCAUACAGGAACUGGGCGGCUCUAACUCGAGCUACAGCCUGGCGGACCAGCUGAAGCUGAACCCCGCGUUCGGCGCCGACGCCUCCUUCGCCGACGUCGACAACCUUCUCACGAAACUGCGCUGCGAGUGGCGGGUGGCUUCUAUAUGCGAUGUGGUCCUCAAUCAUACGGCUAAUGAAACGCCGUGGCUGACGCUCCAUCCCGAGGCCACAUACAACUGCGCGAACGUGCCCCGCCUGCGCGCCGCCGCGCUGCUGGACGCGGCGCUCGCGCGCGAGACCCGCGCCGCCGCGCGCGGCGACCUGCUGCCGAGAGGCGUCCCUCCCGUACUCAACACGAGCGAGCAUCUGGAGGCCGUGCGAUAUUACCUGGCGACGUCGACCGUCCCGGAGCUGCGCUUGCACGAGCUGUACACCUGCAAUGUCUCCGAGCUGUUGCAGCAGUUUAACGGCCUCGCGAGGAACAAGGUGCCCCCGGUGUCGGCGCGCGCGGGCGCGGCGGCGGCGCUGGCUCUGGUCCCGGACGCGCUGUACCGGCGGCUCCGCGCGACUGUCGACAUGGACCUGGCGCUGCAGUUAUACAACGUGUACCACGCCGACUGUUACGACGAAGAAACGCGUCUCAAGAAAUGCUGCGAGGAGCUCCGCAAAAAGCUCGAGCAACUCAACUCCUCAGCCAGAGAGGAAGUAGACGGGCAUCUCCGCUCCGCCAUCGACAACUGCAUCGCUGGCAUGAGAUACUUCCGCUUGCAGGCCGACGGGCCUAAAAUAGAAGAGGUCAGCGACAAGAAUCCACUGGUGCCUAGAUACUUCACGGCUGUGGGCGAGUGCGGCUCGGCGGCGGAGGCGGAGGCGCUCGUGUACGGCGACGGCGGCCGCUUCGUCAUGGCGCACAACGGCUGGGUCAUGGACGCCGACCCGCUCAUGGACUUCGCCAACGCUUCCAACGUGUACCUCCGGAGGGAGCUCAUCGCCUGGGGCGACAGCGUCAAGCUCAGAUACGGCGACAAGCCGGAGGACAGCCCGUGGCUGUGGGCGCACAUGCGCGAGUACGUGGAGCUGACGGCCGAGCUGUUCGACGGGCUCCGGCUUGACAACUGUCAUUCGACCCCGCUGCACGUGGCGGAGUACAUGAUGGACUGCGCGCGCAACGUGAAGCCGGACCUGUUCGUGGCGGCGGAGCUGUUCACCAACUCGGAUCAUGUCGACAACAUCUUCGUCAACCGGCUCGGCAUCUCCGCGCUCAUCCGCGAGGCGCAGUCUGCAUGGGAUUCUCGUGAACAAAGCCGCCUGCUGCACCGCUUCGGCGGGCGCCCGGUGGGAGCCUUCCUCCGCGCGCGGGUGGACGCCGCCCGGCCCGGCGUCGCGCCCGCCAUGCUGCUCGACCUCACGCACGACAACCCCUCGCCGCUCGAGAAGCGGUGCGUGCACGACGCGCUGCCCACAGCGGCGCUAGUGACCAUGGCGUUCUGCGCAUCGGGCUCGACGCGCGGGCUGGACGAGCUAGUCCCGCACCACAUACACGUGGUGGACGAGGCGAGGCUCUACCCCGAGUGGGGCACCGAUGAGGGCAACGUGGGCGCCUCCCACGGCCUGAUACAGGCUCGGAGAGAGCUCAACCUGCUGCACUAUCAGCUCGCUCAACAAGGCUACGACGAGGUAUACGUGGAUCAGAUGACGGACGCGGUGACAGCGGUGACCCGCCACUCGCCCACAUCUCGGCGCUCGGUGCUGCUGGUAGCGCACACGGCGUUCUCGGCGCCGCAGGGGGAUGCUCCCCUUCCUCCACCGCUGCGCUUCGAGGGAGAUCUCGAGGAGAUACUCUUUGAGAUGGAGCUCCAGCCCAGGAGCGGCGCGGUCUACACCAAAAAUGCGCGCUUCAUCAACGGCCUGGAGCAGUGGACGGCCGCCGUACGACGUCGGCCCGUAAUGGAUGCCGCGCGGUUCGUGUCGCCCGCUCGGAGGGACGGGGCCCACACCGUGCUGGACUGGCGCGCCUUCCCCCCCGGCGCGGUGAUAGCCGUGCGAAUAGCGCCUCGCGCCGCGCACCUUGCCGCCCUCGCCCCCCUCACGCGCGCGCUGUCGGCGUGGGAGGCGCGCGCGCGCGACGCGCUCGGCCUGCAGCGCGCCCUGCAGCCGCUCGACCUGGCCGACUUCAACGUGCUGCUGUACCGGUGCGACGCGGAGGAGCGCGACGCGGGCGCCGGGGGGGUCUACGACGUGCCCGGCCACGGCCCGCUCGUCUACGCCGGCCUGCAGGGCCUGGUGUCGCUGCUGGAGGAGGUCCGCGCGGGCGACGCGCUCGGGCACGCCGUGUGCGACAACCUGCGCGCCGGCGACUGGCUGCUGGACUACACGUGGCGCCGGCUGCCGGCGCCGCGGCUCGCGCACGUAGCCACCCGGCUGAGGGAACUCUUGUCGCCGCUCAAGGACCUCCCGAGGUACUUGGUGCCGGCGUACGCGGAGGCGACGUUCCGCGCGGUGCACGACGCGGUGACGCGCGCCGCGUUAGCGCGUAUGACGCCCGAGAGCCGCGACGGUGAGCUGUCGCGCGCGCUGGCGCUGUGCAGCGUGCAGUUCGCGGGCGCCGUCCCGAGCGCGCACCUCCCCGCGCCCUCCCCCGCGCUCCCCCCGCCGCACCCGCCGCCGCCGCCCGCCUCCGUCACGCUCUCCGCCGGCCUCCCGCACUUCGCCACCGGCUACGCGCGCUGCUGGGGCCGCGACACCUUCAUCGCACUGCGCGGCACCUUGCUGCUCCAGGGGAGAUACCAGGAGGCCCGCGCGCACAUCCUCGGUUUCGCGGCGUGUUUGAGACACGGCCUCAUCCCGAACCUGCUCGAUGGCGGGAACAACGCGCGCUUCAACUGCAGGGACGCCGUUUGGUGGUGGCUGCAGGCCAUUAAACAGUACGUGACGGAGGCGCCGCAGGGCGGGGCGCUGCUGGCCGACCCGGUGUCGCGGCUGUUCCCGAGCGACGACAGCGCGCCCGCGCCGCCCGGCGCCCGCGACCAGCCGCUCGCAGACGUCGUGCAGGAGGCGCUCACCGUGCACUUCCAGGGGCUGGUGUUCCGCGAGCGCAACGCCGGGCGGCAGAUCGACGCGCACAUGACGGACAAGGGCUUCAACGUGCAGAUCGGCAUCCAACCCGACACCGGCUUCCCCUACGGCGGCAACGACGCCAACUGCGGCACCUGGAUGGACAAGAUGGGCUCCUCCGAGAGGGCCGGGACGAGGGGGAGGCCCGCCACGCCGAGGGACGGGAGCGCCAUCGAGCUGGUGGCUCUGGCGUACGGCGCCGUGUCGUGGCUGGCCGAGCUGCACCGCGUCGGCCGCUUCCCGCACGAGGGCGUGACGCGAGUGCACAAGGACGGCUCGCUCACGUCGUGGACCUACGCGCAGUGGGCGGAGCGCAUCCGGCGCUCCUUCGAGCGCUACUUCUGGGUGCCCGCCGCGCCCUCCGCUCGGGACCUGCGCCCCGACCUGGUGCACCGCCGCGCCAUCUACAAGGACUCGCACGGCGCCUCGCAGCCCUGGGCCGACUACCAGCUGCGCUGCAACGCCGCGGUCGCCAUGGCCAUAGCGCCCGGUCUCUUCGACCCGAAGCACGCGUGGCUCGCGCUCGACAACACCGAGAGACUGCUCCUCGGCCCGCUCGGAUUGAAAACUCUCGAUCCGGGGGACUGGUCGUACCGCCCCGAGUACGACAACUCGGACAACUCGGACGACCCGACCGUCGCGCACGGGUUCAACUACCACCAGGGCCCCGAGUGGGGGUGGCCGCUCGGCUUCUACCUGCGCGCGCGGCUCGCGUUCGCGCACGACGCCGGCCGCCGCGCCGAGACGCUCGCCGCCGUGCACCGCGCGCUCGCCGCGCCCGCCGCCGAGCUCCGCCGGGGCCCGUGGCGCGGCCUGCCCGAGCUCACGGGCCCCGGCGGCGCCGUCUGCCGCGACUCGUGCCCCACGCAGGCCUGGUCCGCCGGCUGCCUGUUCGAGCUGCUGCACGACCUGCGCGCGGCGCGUCGAGCGCGCCCGCCGCUCGCCGACUGACGCCGCCCGCGCCGCCUCCGCCACGCGCCGCCGACCGCCGCCGCCGCCGCCGACCGCACCUACGCCGAGCCCUACGAGGUCGCUGCCGGGCCGCGCCUGCAGGCGGUGCGCCGCCUCCUGCGCCGGCGG